GUGAUUGACGGAGGCUUCACGGCGGCCGAGGAGGACCCGUUCACAACAAAGGCGAGAGGCAGAUUUUUAUUUGAUCAACAGAGUUUCACCAGACAACCGCCAAAUUAUUCGGAGGCAGAAAUAGAAAAACGGCCGCUAUCGUCGUGCUAAUUGGGAAGCACACCAUGUCUGCUAUCUGUGGGCCCACAGGCUGAAGAGGUCUGAUCGUUCUGAAGAGCUGGGAAGCGAGAGAUGGGGAACACGGCCACCAAGUUCCGUAAGGCACUGAUCAAUGGCGAUGAGGUUCUGGCCUAUCAGCUUUACGAGGGCAACCCUCAGUUCAAAGAGUCACUAGACCCCAACACCUCAUAUGGGGAACCGUACCAACACAACACCCCGCUCCAUUAUGCUGCCAGACAUGCCAUGACACGCAUUCUCAGGUCCUUCCUCUUCAGCAAGGAUGGGAACCCCAACAAACGUAACGUGCACAAUGAGUCCGCACUGCAUGUGUUGUGCAUGGGGCCACAUAUCCUGCUAUCUGAAGGGGCGCUGCAGCCGCGACUGGCCCGGCCCUAUGAAGAUGAACGCAGGCGGGCUGAGUGCCUCCAGAUGAUCCUAAAGUGGACUGGUGCCAAACUGGAUCGUGGUGAAUAUGAGAGUGCAGAUGCCAGUGCCACUGAUAACAAAAAGAACACACCAUUACACUAUGCCGCUGCCUCAGGGAUGAAGACGUGUGUGGAGUUUCUGGUGAAGCGUGGUGGAGACCUGUUUGCGGAGAAUGAGAACAAGGAGACCCCAUGUGACUGUGCAGAAAGGCAGCAUCAUAAGGAGCUUGCGCUCAGUCUGGAGUCUCAGAUGGUCUUCUCCACUGACCCCCAUGCCGAGGAUAUCGAGGCAGAGUAUGCAGCCUUAGACCGCAAGGAGUUUUAUGAAGGUUUGAGAGUGCAAGAUCUCAGAAGACUGAAGGACAUGCUGAUAGUGGAGACGGCAGACAUGCUGCAAGCUCCUCUCUUCACCGCAGAGGCUCUUCUUCGGGCUCACGACUGGGACAGAGAGAAACUCCUGGAAGCUUGGAUGUCUAAUGCUGAAGACUGCUGCCAGCGCUCAGGUGUUCAGAUGCCCACUCCCCCGCCUAGAGGCUACAACACCUGGGACACCCUGCCUUCACCCCGUACGCCUCGCACCACCCGCUCAUCUAUCACCUCUCCGGACGAGAUCAGCCUGACCCCUGCUGAUGACGAUCGCUCCCUGUGCGGUAUUUGUAUGUGUGCAGCCUCCAUGUUUGAGGAGCCUGUUGAUAUCCCAUGUGGUCAUGAGUUCUGCAGAGCAUGCUGGGAAAGUUUUCUGAAUCUGAAGAUUCAGGAGGGGGAGGCCCAUAAUAUCUUCUGCCCAGCCUAUGACUGCUUCCAGCUGGUUCCUGUUGAGGUCAUUGAGAGCAUUGUGUCCAGAGAGAUGGACAAACGUUAUCUGCAGUUUGACAUCAAGGCAUUUGUUGAGAAUAAUCCUGCCAUCCGGUGGUGCCCGCGGGCUGGCUGUGAUAGAGCGGUGCGAUUGGCCGGGCAGGGAUCAGGUGGCAGCACCUCUGACCCGCUCAGUUUUCCUCGCCUCCAGGCCCCUGCGGUGGACUGUGGAAAAGGCCAUCUCUUCUGCUGGGAGUGCCAAGGAGAGGCCCAUGAACCAUGUGACUGCCAAACUUGGAAGAUGUGGCUUCAGAAAGUCUCUGACAUGAAACCAGAAGAAUUGGCAGGUGUAAGUGAGGCGUAUGAAGAUGCUGCCAACUGCCUGUGGUUACUCACCAACUCCAAAUCUUGUGCCAACUGCAAAUCUCCCAUUCAGAAGAAUGAAGGCUGUAACCACAUGCAAUGUGCCAAGUGCAAGUAUGAUUUCUGCUGGAUCUGUCUGGAAGAAUGGAAAAAACACAGUUCCUCUACAGGAGGAUACUACCGUUGCACACGCUAUGAGGUCAUUCAGCAGGUGGAGGAGCAGUCUAAAGAGAUGACUGUUGAGGCAGAGAAGAAACACACCAACUUCCAGGAGUUGGAUCGCUUCAUGCACUAUUACACACGCUUUAAGAACCACGAGCACAGCUACCAGCUUGAAGAACGCCUGCUUAAGACGGCCAAAGACAAGAUGGAACAACUGAGCAAAGUUCUGAGUGGAAGAGAAGGAGGCCCUCCAGACACCACUUUCAUUGAAGAUGCAGUGCACGAACUACUUAAAACUCGUCGUAUUCUCAAGUGCUCUUACCCUUAUGGCUUCUUUCUGGAGCCCAAGAGCACAAAGAAGGAAAUAUUUGAACUUAUGCAGACUGACUUGGAAAUGGUGACUGAAGAUCUUGCACAGAAAGUCAACCGGCCUUACCUCCGCACGCCUCGGCAUAAGAUAAUCCGCGCCGCCUGCCUGGUGCAGCAAAAGAGGCAGGAGUUUCUGGCAUCUGUGGCAAGAGGUGUGGCCCCCAACGAUUCACCCGAAGCCCCUCGACGCAGUUUUGCUGGUGGAACAUGGGACUGGGAGUACUUGGGUUUCGCCUCUCCCGAGAUCCAGAGGAAUCAUGCCUUUCUCGGGGGAAUUGAUCCGAGAGAGCACUGUCAGUAUACAGGAAGCCAUCCGCAGGAGUAUGCCGAAUUCCAGUACAGACGCAGACACAGGCAACGCAGGAGAGGAGACAUGGCCAGCCUCCGCAGUAACACACCCGACCCUGAUGACCCAGGCCAUGGCACUUUAGACACACAAGAAAUUGGUGGUGGUCACAGACAGGGUCUACCCAUGCCUCACAGUUCCCUGGAUGAGGAUGAUCCAAAUAUCCUGUUGGCCAUCCAGCUGUCCCUGCAGGAGUCUGGGAUGACUGGAGGCAUGGCUGGCGUUGAUGCUCAAGAGAUCCUCGCUAACGAAGCAUCUCUGGGGGCCAUCGGAACAUCCCUGCCCACGCGGCUGGACCCGGUGCUGUGCGGGAUAGACGUGCCCCGUGCUGCCCUGAGCAGCUCCGAGCUGCUAGAGGUGGGUGACAGCCUAAAGAAGCUGGGUAAUAUCAGUGGCCAAAAUGUCCCUCUGCGUUUCGACAAUCUCAACAAUCCCAGCAAUUCUUCCCGUGAGUCUGCAGAGGGCCCCUUCCAAGCUCCUUCGGGACGUAUGGAAACCUCUGAUUUCGGUUCAGAAAACGCCAACCUUCUAGGCAACAUCAUGGCAUGGUUUCACGACAUGAAUCCGCAGAAUAUCAGUUUGGUUCCUUCAGCCGGUGCAACUCACCAGGAAUUCGGUGCUCAGUCGGUGAGGAUGAUGUCAGAGCAGACCGAGUGCGCCAUUCCAGAGUGGACAACAGGGGGCGAUAGAGAGGCGGAGUUUGACUCCGGUAUCGGCGCGGGAGAGCGUGAGCCUAUCAGGCCGACACAGCUGGACCUGGUAGGUCUUGAUAUGUGUCCGGUACCUCUUUCGGCCAUCGAGUUGGGCGAUACUCCGAGCGGUUCGAACCCGUGUCACUCCGAUACCCCAAAAUGUGACUCAGACCCUGACCAGCCUAGCAGUAGCUCCUCUGAAUGGGAGGGUCAAGUACACCUUGUAUGAAAUAUUGACUUCACCCAACCACUUUUAAACCACUUUUUUGACGAAGUAGCUGCCGGAUUCUAAACCUGAGGAACAAGAUCAAUCCUGACGAGAAGCUUUGUAUUGUCAGAUAUGUAGAAAUUGAAACCGAGAUAUGUAAAGAGGUCGUUUUUGAGUACUCAUUCAGUACUCGUGUGUUUCAGGGCUUUGUGCUUGUGAGGCAUGUGUUCUUUGCUCACUAAAAACUCUUUUCCAAUCCUGGAGUGUUAAACACUUUUAAAGGAGUCAGCAACUGAACUAGAAAGUAAUAUGAAGACAAGAUAGGAAGUGAGGUAGCCAGAAAAAUCUACUGUAUAGAACAGGACGGUAUUGGGUGGGAGUUCCUGUUCUUCUGAUUAAAAAGGAUGUAAAAGAUACUGUAGGUGCCAAAAACACUGGCUUGCACACGCCGAGUGGAGGGUGUGCUGAUCGUGCCUGCUGCUGAGGGCCUAGUCGCCCUAUUGAGUACACUAUCCUUCCUCUAAACUAGACCUGUAGUAUACAGAGAAGUACACAUCAGCAUCAGGCUCACAAGAGCUGUGAGGCUGAUAAUAACAGAAACUAAAUGAACAGUAAUUCUAGUUGCGGACAACAUUUCUUUUUCUAUCAAACGUAAUCACUGUAAUCCGUCAUUGGUUAAUUCGAACGGAAAGUACCGGCGAGGUUCUACUCGGUUCAGGAGCGCCGCACCAGCUCUGGAAAACGUUUUCUCUUUGCAACUUAUCACAGUGCCUUUUCUGUGAAACUUCUCUUUAUUUAUAGCCUCUCUCUUGUGCUUAGAGCCCGGAGUGUGGGAAGUUCCAAUACACAUUGUACUUGUACUUUCAGGUGGCGAUUAAGCAAACUGAGCUCAAUGUUUUUUUAAAAGACAUUUUUUAUAUAUGUUCGGUUCAUUUCGCAUGCCUCUGGCCCCUUCCCCCAGGGUGUUUUUAAAGCAA